CUUCCGCUUCCUGUACUCGGCUGUUCUAUCCUCAGCUCGCCAUCACCACCUCUCGUCCUCCCCCCCGCUGCAAGAAAAGAUGGAAGCUUUCCUCGCCGGCUUCCGGGCGCCGCCUCGGGCUCCGACCGCAUCCACCGCCCGGAGCCCGCCUCCCAGCCCCUUCUUCCUCGGCUCCAAGCGGCGGAGGAAGCCCUCCUCCUCCGUGGUCUGCAUGGCGGAGCCCCAUCUCAUAUCGAAGCUGGAAUCUACGGAGAAGGCAUGGAAAGAAAUGUCGGCUAGAUUGGGUGACCCUGACAUUGUCUCAGAUCCGAGCGAAUACCAAAAACUUGCACAGUCUGUUGCUGAUCUGGGCGAGGUUGUGAGUGCAUAUAGACAAUUUAAGGAGUGUGAGAGGCAGAUUGAAGAAACAAAAGCUUUGCAAAAAGAGAAUGGAGAUGACCCUGACAUGGCAGAGAUGAUAGCUUCAGAGCUGGAGUCUCUCUCUAACCAGCUCGCAGAGCUCGAGGAAAAACUGACGGUACUGCUGCUUCCCAGCGAUCCUCUUAAUUCACGCAACAUCUUGCUUGAAGUAAGAGCAGGCACCGGCGGUGAUGAAGCUGGAAUUUGGGCUGGUGACCUUGUGCGCAUGUAUCAAAAAUAUUGUGAGCUCAACAAUUGGAAGUUUAAACCAGUUUCUUGCUCAGAAGCAGAAAAAGGUGGAUAUAAGACGUAUGUGAUGGAGGUGAAGGGCAAACAAGUCUACAGCAAACUGAAGUUUGAGUCAGGCGUGCACCGUGUUCAACGUGUUCCACAGACAGAGACUAUGGGCCGUGUCCACACGUCAACCGCAACUGUAGCUAUUAUGCCAGAGGCCGAUGAAGUUGAUGUGGUUAUUGAUCCAAAAGACAUUGAACUUAAAACCGCAAGAUCUGGUGGAGCUGGAGGGCAGAAUGUUAACAAGGUGGAAACAGCCAUUGAUCUUAUUCAUAAGCCUACGGGAAUUAGGAUAUUCUGUACAGAAGAAAGGUCACAACUUCAAAAUAAAGAACGUGCAUUCCAAUUACUGAGAGCAAAACUAUACGAGAUUAAGUUAAGGGAACAACAAGAGUCGAUAAGAACCCAGAGGUUACUGCAGGUUGGUACCGGCGCUCGUUCGGAGAAGAUACGGACGUACAAUUAUAAGGACAACAGAGUAACUGACCAUCGGCUGAAGAUGAAUUUCGUAUUGUCUAGCUUCCUUAUAGGAGAUAUCGAGUCGGCUGUUCAGUCCUGUGCUGCGAUGGAGCAAAAGGAACUCUUGGAGGAAAUGGCUACUUCUUCUGCAGUGAAGGCAUGAUCAGCCAAUUAUUCCUUUUGCUUCAAGCAGACCCUGUAAAAGGACACCCAAGGACAUUUUACAACCGACAGAGAUCGUGACCAAGACCAAGUUGUACACGAAGCAACUCGGCGAUUGGAUUUCCUCACAUACACGCUUAUUGUUUUGUUCAUGAUCACUUUGCAUAUACACUAAUAUCGUGAGACAUAAUGCUACACUUGAAGAGAUCUCUGGUGGCAGCAGAUUUUGACUAGUUGGAAGUAGACAUGCUGUGUACAACUGAAAAUAGACAUGGGUUGCAUACUGUUGAUUUUUCUUAUGGGUCAGCAGAUUUUGACUA